AUGGCGAGCCUAAACGAAGGCUCACAGGAAGCGCAGCAGCGAUGGGGUGUCAUGGAGGGGAAGCUGGACAAGCGCUUGCUGCGGGGGAUUGAGAAGAUGGGCUUUGAGUUCCUCUCGCCGGUCCAGCUGAUGACCUUGACCAAGCUGCCCGACUUCCGAUCAGACUGCCUCGUGCAGGCGAAGACUGGCACCGGCAAGACGUUGGCUUUUCUCCUACCUGCUCUCCACUCGCUCCUGGCAUCGCCACCACUUCCAAAAGGCGAAGUCGCAAUCCUGGUCUUAUCACCUACCCGCGAGCUUGCACUGCAAAUUGCGAAAGAAUGCGAGUCGGUGACAGCACAGUUCGCUCCGCCUGUCGAAUGUCACACAGCCUACGGCGGCACUGCGAAAGACCGGGAGCUGAAGCGAUUCAUGACCGGCGACCCCAAGGUGCUCGUCGCAACCCCGGGAAGGCUUAAUGACUAUCUGAGCGACGACAAAGUCGCCAGGAAACUCAACCGCAUGCGUACACUCGUGCUAGAUGAGGCUGACACCAUGCUUGACACCGGCUUCCUCCCCGCCAUCAUCCAGAUCCUCAGUCGGCUGCCUCCCAAGACCCAAGGCUGGCAAGGCAUGUGCUUCAGCGCUACGAUCCCCAGCAAGAUGGACACAGUGCUGCCGAAAGUCCUCAAGCCAGGCUACACGAGGCUCUCGACCGUCGACCCGAACGAGACGCCCACAAUCGACCGAGUGCCACAAUUCUUCGUGACAGUGCCCAGCAACCGUGAAGUCUACACCACGCUCCACGCUCUGCUCCAAAAAGAAUUCGAGUUGUCUCCAAACAACUUCAAGGUCAUCGUAUUUGGUUCCACAGCAAACGGUGUGGCUCUCAUGGCGGCGUUGUUCUCGAACCUUCUUGGCAAGAACAGCUCGAUCGAAGUCUUCCAAUUGCAAAGCCGCCUCUCUCAGGCUGCGCGAACCCGGACGACGAACGAGUUCAAAGCAGCCUCCAGCGGCUUGAUGCUGGCCAGUGACGUGAUUGGUCGUGGCAUGGACUUCCCGAACGUCAGUCUGGUCAUCCAGGUUGGCUUGCCCGCUAACGGCGAUCAGUACAUCCAUCGUGUUGGUCGAACAGCUCGCGCAGGCAAUGAAGGUCGAGCCGUCAUCCUUCUCACCCAGCGCGAGAGCUUCUUUCUUCGAGCAAACAAACGUCUCACAAUCAACCCUUACCCCACUGACAUCAGCCCCGUGGCGAGUGCGCUGGCACCAGAAGUCGACCGGGCUUUCGAGAACGUAGACGAGCCCACCAAAUCGAAGGCAUACCAAGCCUGGCUGGGCUUCAACAAGACAUCCACAAAGCAGCUGCAACUGACCAACGACGGUCUCGUCGAGCAAGCGAACGAGAUGGCUGCGACUAUGGGCUGUCCGGAGCCGCCGAUGAUCGAUAAGCGUGUCAUCGGUAAGAUGGGGUUGAAGGGUGUCAAAGGACUGAACGUGGGACUCGUUGAGACUGGAGGUGGCGGAAGGGGCGGUGGCGGUAGUAGGGGCGGCCGUGGUGGCGGUCGAGGAGGAGGUAGGGGAGGGAUGGCGAAUGGAGGUGGCCGGCCCAACGGCUCUGCGAAGUCUGACCCAGCGCCCAGGAAUGGUGGAGGUAGAGUGGCCAAGGCCACUUCCGACCAGGGUGGGAGGAGGAGGAAUGGCGGGAAGAAUGUGAACAAGGACUGA